AUGGCAACUGAGGAAAGCCUGAUAGAACUAAUGACUGGUGAACAGAGAGAGGAACAAGUUGAUGAAGAAGUAACUAUUAUGACAAAGGUUUUAAAAGACAAUACUGAAAUGAAGGAAUUUGAAAUGCGCAAAAUGGAAAUUGAAUUAGAAAAACAACGCUUAGAAUUUGAAAAAUUCAAAAUAGACCGGGAAUUACAGCAUCAAUUGCGUCUGAAAGAACUUGAACUUGAACUUAAUCGUGGCACAACAAAAACUGAAGCCACAACGAAAAUUCCAGUGAAACUUAAAUUACAACCAUUUAAUCAUGACAAAGAAGAUGUGCUAACAUAUUUGGACGAAUUUGAGUCGGUAUCUAAGCAAGCAGGAUGGGAAGAAGAUAUCAAAAUCUUACAUUUGAAAUCCUUACUUGUUGGAGAUGCUCGCGAGAUUGCUUCUCAUUCUAGUAAAACAUAUGAAGAUCUACGGAAGGCCUUAAUUACACGAUUCAGCAAAAGGAGGUCUGAUUAUUUCGGAAUGUUAUCUGGUAUCCAAAGAAACCACAAUGAAACAUACCGAGGACUUAUGGCACGCAUAAAUCAAUAUUUGGCAAGGUUCAUCGGAGAGCGUGAUACUAUUCAGUGUUUUCGAGAAGAGUACUUCUUGAAGGCGUUGCCAGGAGCACAGUCCCAGUGGAUACGUAGAAACCAGGGAACAGUGACGGUGGUAGAGGCUGCAGAGGAUUAUAUAGUACCUCAGAGAGAUCAGAAUAGGCGGAGUGCUGGGCAUAUACCUAUGGGAUCGGGAGGUACGAAUGCCAGUCAAGUGGUUUCACAGGAAAUGUCGCGAUUUGCUGGCGAGGGCAAGAAGAAUGUGGUGUGCUUUAAGUGUAAGGCACGGGGCCAUAUUGCCCGGGACUGUCCGAGUUAUAAAAGACAAGGAGGACAAAAUCAGGCUUCGUAUCUUGUUAGGCAAACAAUUGGGGAGCGACUGAUUUGUGUGCCAGGUCUUGCAGACGGACAGGAAAUAAGCUUUGUCAAGGAUACUGGGGCUGAUGUGACGUUAAUUCGUGAGGAAUUUGUCAAGCCAAGUGCUAUCCUUGAAGGACAGUGUAUGACGUUAUACACGGCGAUUGGCCAGCCGUUUCAAGCAAAACGGGCAAUCGUGGAUCUUGACCUUCCAUGCUAUAAGGGUCAUGCUCAAGUUAGUGUUGUGUUGGACUUGGCUGCUGAAGCUUUACUAGGAAUGGAUAUUCUUAACAGGUCAGUUAUGGCAGUGACAAGGGCACAGUCCAAGCAGCAAGAGGCUGAGGAGCAUGUCGUGGAGAGUGAAAUGGAGCGGGAGGAUGAGUCGCUGAGUAAAAUUAAGGCGAAGUCCUUGUCGUCAGCUGAGGAAGCUGAUGAAGAUGAUGUUGCUUUUUAUCGGGAACAUGACAUUCUAAGGCGAAAGUGGAGGACUGGAGAUGGUAAAACAGCUGGAAAACAGUUGGUACUUCCCAAAUCACUGAGACAAGCUGUCAUUAAACUUGCCCAUGACAGACCUUUAGCAGGACAUCUUGGACAAGAGAAAACUAAGCAAAGAAUCCUACAAUCAUUUUAUUGGCCUGGAAUGUUCUCGGAUAUAAAAAGUUACUAUCAAACGUGUGAUGUUUGUCAAAAAGUGGCUAGACGUGACCACCAGAGAGCUCCAAUGGUCAUUGUGCCAAGAGUUGGACAGCCAUUUGGGAAAAUUGCUAUGGACAUUGUCGGGCCGUUACCAAUGACAAAAUCAAGGAAUAGGUUCAUCCUAACUGUAGUUGACGAUGCAACGUGA